GCUAGAGAGCGAGCGAGCAGCGAGCAGCAGCGGCAGCCAGCACUUUUCAGCUCAUUUUCUCUCUGUCAUUCCCCUCUCAAUCUUUGAUCCAUGUACUUGCCAGAGAGAACCGAAGUCCUUCAAACCUCCCCCUUCUCACCUUCAUCUUUAACUUGGUGCUAGAGCAAGGACCACAAAACAAACAACCCUCCCUCCCUUCCCCUCAACCCCAACCCUACCGCCCGCAGCGGACUUCUCCUCAUUCCCCACUUGCGGGACACUUUGUGCGUCUCUCUCUCUCUCUCCCUCACGCUUCCUCCCUUCUCGGCGGCAGCCGGUUUGGUCCCCCCCCCCAUUCUGCCCCCCUCCCCUCUUUUUGUCCGUGCGGCAACUUUUUCCCCCCCCCCCCCCUCGUAUAUGUGACCAUGGCCGUACCGGCUGCUUUGAUCCCUCCGACCCAGCUGGUCCCCCCUCCACCUCCGAUCUCAACUUCUGCCGCCUGCACCACCACCACCACCACCUCGUCGGCCACCUCGUCUCCGUCUCCUUCCAUCGCUCCCCCGCCAGCCUCUUCGGGGACGAACCUAUUCCGGCCGGAGCCCAUCGCAGCCGCGGCGGCGGCGGCGGCGGCGGCCACAGUCACCUCCACCACCAGCAGCGGAGGAGGCGGCGGCGGCGGCGGCGGCGGCAGCAGCAGCAGCAACGGAGGCGUCGGCGGCAACAAUUGCAGCCCCAGCCUGGGCACCGGCACCAGCGGCGGCGCGGGCGGCGGCACCUCCACCCCCAGCGCCGCCAACAGCAGCAGCGGCAGCCUGCCGGGCAAGCCGGUGUACUCGACCCCGUCCCCGGUGGAGAACACCCCCCAGAAUAAUGAGUGCAAGAUGGUGGAUCUGAGGGGGGCCAAGGUGGCCUCUUUCACCGUGGAGGGCUGCGAGCUCAUCUGCCUGCCCCAGGCUUUCGACCUCUUCCUGAAGCACUUGGUCGGGGGCUUGCACACCGUCUACACCAAGCUGAAGCGGCUGGAGAUCACGCCCGUGGUGUGCAACGUGGAGCAGGUCCGGAUCCUGAGGGGGCUGGGGGCCAUCCAGCCCGGCGUGAACCGCUGCAAACUCAUCUCCAGGAAGGAUUUCGAGACGCUCUACAACGACUGCACCAACGCAAGUUCUAGACCUGGAAGGCCUCCUAAGAGGACUCAAAGUGUCACCUCCCCAGAGAAUUCUCAUAUCAUGCCACACUCUGUCCCAGGUCUAAUGUCUCCUGGAAUCAUCCCGCCAACAGGUUUGGGAUGUCUUCUUGCCAGCACAGUGGGCUGUUCUCCUGAGCAUCUUGCUAGAGAAGGUCUGACAGCAGCAGCUGCAGCAGCAGCAGCUGCUACCAAUGCAGCCAUAGCAGAAGCAAUGAAAGUGAAAAAAAUCAAAUUAGAAGCUAUGUCCAACUAUCAUGCCAGUAAUAACCAACAUGGAGCAGAAUCUGAAAAUGGAGAUCUGAAUUCAAGUGUUGGCAGCAGUGAUGGUUCUUGGGAUAAAGAAAAACUUCAGUCUCCCCUCACCCAAGGAUCACAGGUGUCUGUUAACCAUCCCAGCUUGCCUGGACAGCAUAACCUUCCAGUUAGCCAUCCUCUCAACCCUCUUCAACAGAACCACCUUCUGCCAAAUGGCCUGGAACUUCCUUUUAUGAUGAUGCCCCACCCAUUAAUUCCUGUCAGCCUACCUCCAGCAUCUGUCACAAUGGCCAUGAGUCAGAUGAACCACCUUAGUACCAUUGCAAAUAUGGCAGCAGCAGCACAAGUACAGAGUCCCCCAUCCAGAGUCGAGACAUCUGUUAUUAAGGAACGUGUUCCAGACAGCCCUUCUCCUGCUCCUUCCCUUGAAGAAGGUCGAAGACCUGGCAGCCAUCCAUCAUCUCAUCGAAGCAGCAGUGUGUCCAGCUCACCUGCACGGACUGAGAGCUCAUCAGACAGAAUCCCAGCUGUACAUCAGAAUGGGCUAUCCAUGAAUCAGAUGCUUAUGGGUUUAUCACCUAAUAUCCUACCUGGCCCGAAAGAAGGUGAUCUGGCUGGUCAUGAGGUUGGACAUGAGACUAAAAGAAUACAUAUUGAGAAAGAUGAGACCCCGCUCUCCACACCAACCGCAAGAGACAGCCUUGACAAACUUUCUCUAACUGGGCAUGGGCAACCACUACCUCCAGGUUUUCCAUCUCCUUUUCUGUUCCCUGAUGGAUUGUCCUCCAUAGAGACCCUUCUGACUAACAUCCAGGGCCUAUUAAAGGUUGCGAUAGACAAUGCCAGAGCUCAAGAGAAACAGGUCCAGAUGGAAAAGACGGAGCUGAAGAUGGAGUUGUUCAGGGAACGAGAACUGAGGGAAACUCUGGAAAAACAGCUGGCUGUGGAACAGAAGAACAGAGCAAUAAUUCAGAAAAGGUUAAAGAAAGAAAAGAAGGCAAAGAGGAAAUUGCAGGAAGCGCUUGAAUUUGAGACUAAGCGGCGGGAACAAGCAGAACAGACAUUGAAACAGGCAACUUCAACAGACAGUCUCAGGGCCCUAAAUGACUCUCUGACCCCAGAGAUAGAAGCUGACCGCAGCGGGGGCAGAACAGAUGCUGAAAGGACAAUACAAGGUUCACUAGAUGCCUAUGCCUAGCUCCCAACCAGGUCUCCCAAGACCCCCUCAUCCCACACAAAAAGAUGGAAGACUUUAUUUGAAAACUACCGUCAUGUACUGAAUUUUUCCUGCAGAAGCGAUUUGUGCUACGGUAAAGAACUUUGCAGAAAGACGUUCACUAUUUGGAAGUUCUACAAAAACAAAGUGUUUUCAAGGCAACUUCCUUAACUUUGUGUAUCAAUGUUCUUCAAAAGUUUAAAGCAUUCUGCAAGAGUGUUCUCCAUUGGUUAUCACCUGUGGCUCAAGCCAGAGACCUAGAGAAUGUUUGUAAAUGUACAAGUUUCACUCUUCUUACAGUCAAAAACUGCAGCUUUGCUAUUGGACCCUUGUAUACAAAGUUACAGACCAGUCAGAACAAGGCCUAGCAUUCCCUUUUUAAUGGAAUGAAAACUCUGUCCUCCUCUGAUGAUUCUGUAUUUGAGCACAUCAAACAAUCCUUCCAGCAGUAUCCACCUACACUUACAGACUGUUUUGUCAUACCUAAACCAGCAAGUCAGCUCAGAAGUAAACUUGUAUGGGGGCAUAAGAGGAUUCCGACAAAAAAAGGAAAAGGAAAAAAAAAACUGUUAUAUUCAAUUUUCAAACUCUGUGAACGUGGGUUUUCUUCUAAAGACUUUUUUUCCACAUGCUUUCCAGGAGACCAACACAUGGAUGCUAGACCACAUGAAGUAAAAUGAAAUUUUGUCUAAGAGAAAAGAAAUGCUGAAUGUAAGCAAAACUGUUUCACUGUUCUCUUUUCCUAAAAUAAACAUAAAAAAAAAUAAAACGAGUAAUAAUUUCUCAUUCUAAACUGGCAGGGGUUUAUGGGGAAAAAAAGACUUUGAUUCUUAUUCAAACUGUUGGUCACGUGUACAGUAUAUAAACACAAACCACACCAGGAAGGUAUUAUGUAUGCAGUAGAAUACUAGCGUUUAGGAAAAUGAACAUUUUAGAUAAUGUUUUGUCACCCUGUUUGUCAGAAAGACGCCUUUCUAGUUUUAACGCAUGCAGGCAUGUAAAUAUUUGUCCUGGAGUCACAGUAUUAAUGAAUGAGAUCUUAAGCAUCUGGUAAUGAAUCAGAAUUCCGUAUCAGCCACUUUUAUUUGUAUAUUGAUCCCUGGUUAGUGCCCUGAAACAGCACAUUUAAGAAUGGACUGUGGCUGAGCAGUGAGUCAAAACGUCAGAAAUAUUUUUAUAUGUUAAUGUCAUAUUACGUCAAUGUUGCUAAAAAGAAAACCUAACAAACACUUGAUGUAUCAGUCCAAUACCACGUAGAGCUGAGUGAUACAGUUGAAGUCUAUUGUUCUUCCCUCACCUUAUCUUAGGGAAGGGUGGUUAUGUGUUAUUUUCACUGUCUUUAUGAAAGCUACAAUGUGUUUUCACCUUUGUGCUGAUAACUGGAAGUAAGCUGCAACACACUGCUUAUUACAUACUUACAUUACGUUCCUUGCUUUGCAUAAUUUUAAGUUACCCCUUUAAAGACUGAUUUUGUGAAUCAGCAUUGUUACUGUAAGUUUUGUGAUUAUGCUUUCUUCAUCUGUCAUACUGUAUGCAUAUAAAAUGUUAUUUAUUAUAUGGAAACAUAUCAGAAACUUAAAUGUCUAAGAUGCCUAACUUAAGAAAAUUCUCCUUUACAAAAUAGUUCUGAUUGGAUAUUAUUUUAUCAAAGUAAAAAAAAAAAUCUAAAGAUUUGUAAACUCUAGCUCUGUGCUUCGAUGGUUUGUAGGUCUUUCCUUGCCAUGCUGAUACACUCUUAUUUAGGCCACCACAAUCCUUUUCUAACAAUAGAAAAGUUGUAUAUACAAGUUCACAUCAUGGUAAUUUUUUAAAAGAAAUAUCGAGCAAUAUUUUUCGUUAAAUAUUGUUACCAAAUACUUUAUAGCAACAUUGUUUUUUAAUCAUGAUUCUUUCAUAGUUGCUUGAACACUUCAGAGAUUCUGUACACCACUUUUUUCAUAUGCAGUCUUUAAAGGGUUAACAGAUGUAAAUUUUGAUGGACUGUGGCAAGCUUUAGAAUCAUUCAUAUCUGAAAAAGAAUUAAAGCCGACAACUGAAAUAUGUAGUAGCAUCUGCCAUUGCUCUGCUCCUUGCAUAGAGUCACCUGUAAGUCAGUUUAAUAGUUUUACAGUAUAUACUUUCAAGACCUUUAGGAAUGCCUCAGUGUUUGGCUUGGUACAUAAAUGGAAAUGUUAAGGAUUAAGGGGGAAACAAUUUAUAAGAUGGAUAUUAAGAGCUUAAUAAAAUGGUGUAAAUAUUACAAUUCAUGAAAUGUUAACUGUCAGUUGAACUUUUGCCCCUCUUCAGUUACACAAGUUUUGGGUUGCUGGGAUUUUUCUUUGUUUGUUUUGUUUUUUCUUUGUUUGUUUGUUUGUUUUUGCAUAGAUUAUGAUGAAAAAGUGUGCUCAUGGUAUUGUUUAUAUGCUUUUGAAAUCUUAAAGAUAUUAAUGUCUAGUUGUUCUAUAUUAUAACCACAUUUGCGCUCUAUGCAAGCCCUUGGAACAGAACAUUCUCAUCUUCAUGUAGGACCUAUGAAAAUUGUCUAUUUUUAUCUAUAUAUUUAAAGUUUUCUAAAAAUGAUAAAAGGUUAUUACGAAUUUUGUUGUACAAAAUCUGUACAAAAAUCUGUUUUUACAUCAUAAUGCAAGAAUUGGAAAUUUUUCUAUGGUAGCCUAGUUAUUUGAGCCUGGUUUCAAUGUGAGAACCACGUUUACUGUUAUUGUAUUUAAUUUUCUUUUUCUUUUCAACAAUCUGCUAAUAAAACUGUCUGAAAUCUC